AUGGUUAAGAUGAUAAGCUGGAACGUGAGGGACCUUAAUGGCCUCAAUAAACAGAAGGAGGUUAAAAUCCUCUGUAAUAAGCAAGAAGCAGGAUUAGUGGGACUAUUAGAAACUAGAAUAAAGGUUAACAAUGUCAAUAAUAUUGUUGAUAGUAUGUUUGCUGGAUGGAAGUACUAUAGCAAUCACACUUCCCAUUAUAAUGGAAGGAUACUGGUUACAUGGAGGCUUGAUUGGGUAAAAUAUACACCUAUGCAACUUGAGUAUUUGGUUACAUUUGUAUAUGCAUUCAAUGUGAAAGAGGACAGGAAAUAUCUUUGGGAUCAUUUGAGUCAAAUAAGUGGAGGAAUGAAUAGUGGAAAUGCAAUCACUCUUGCUGACAUGAUUGACUUUCAAAAAUGGGUAGACACUUGUAGGCUGGAGAACAUGAAGAAUGAUGGUUGCAAAUACACCUGGAAUGAUAAACAAGACUCUAGGAUAUUUUCAAAAAUAGAUAGAGUACUAGUGAAUGGGGAAUGGGUAGACUCUAUGCCGGAUAUCAAUGCACAUGUGCUCCCUGAAGGCAUAAGUGAUCACUGCUCCAUGACUGUUCAGUUAGUGCAAACCCCUAUGAAUAAGAAGAAGGCUUUUAAGCACUGUAAUGUAUGGAGUACCCACCCCGAGUUUGAGAAGAUAAUUCAAGAUGCUUGGAAUGAGCAGAUAGAUGGGUACUUAAUGUACCAAGUGGUUAGGAAGAUGAAGCUGUUGAAGCAAAAGUUGAAAGUUCUUCAUAAAAGUAACUUUUGUAACCUAGUCGAGAAAGCAAAUCAAGAUAGAGAGGAUUUAAAGAAAGUUCAAACACAACUUCAGCAGGAUCCUCAGAAUACUGCUUCGCAAAAGGAGGAGAAAGAGGAUGAACAGUGCCAGUGGAAGUAUGAACAACAGCAAGUGGAAGAGGUGUUUGUCAAGUUCUACAAGCAGCUUUUGGGAGAUGAGGGGGGUAUUAGGAGACAUUCAGAUGCUAGAAUAUAUGGGCAAGGGCCAAAACUAUCAGUCGAACAACAAUGCGAUCUGGUGCAAGGAUUUACAAGGAAAGAGAUAAAACAGGCCAUGAUGAGUAUAAACAUUAAUAAGAGCCCUGGACCUGAUGGGUAUGGUGGGGGAUUCUAUAGAGCAGCCUGGAAGGUGAUUGGGGAUGAUGUUUGCAAUGCCAUUUCAGAAUGUUUUAGUAAUGGUAAACUACUUAAACAACUGAAUGCAACUAUGAUUUCUAUCAUUCUAAAGGUAGAAAAUCCAGUGAGUCCAAGUCAAUAUAGGCUGAUUUCAUGUUGCAAUGUCUUUUACAAGUGUAUUUCUAAACUCUUAUGCAGUAGACUGAAUAAAAUAUUGCCCACUAUUGUAAGUCCCACUCAAGCAGCCUUUGUGAAAGGAAGAUCACUUGUAAAGAAUGUACUAGUUUGCCAUGACUUAUUGAGGCACUACAAUAGGAAAACAACAACUAGAUGUAUGGUGAAAAUUGAUCUCAAGAAGGCAUAUGACAUGGUUCAAUGGGAUUUUGUUAAGGAAAUGUUAGAAGGAUUUGGCUUUCCACACAAAUUUGUACAACUGAUAAUGGAAUGUGUAACAACAACUUGGUUCUCUGUGAAGGUCAAUGGUGAAGGAUGUGGUUUCUUCCAAGAUGAUUUAAUGAUUUCUUGCAAAGGAAAUGAAGCCUCAGUGACUAGAGUUAUGGAGGCCAUCCAGUGCUUCUCAAGUACCACAUGCUUUAUUGCAAAUAAUGAAAAAUCAAGUAUGUUUAUAGCAGGUGUGGAUGAUCAUAUUAAAGAGGACUUGUUGAGAAUGAAUGGUUUUACAAGUGUGUUCAUACUACCCCAGAGUGUGUUGAAACUGGUUAAUAAGCAGUGUAGGGAAUUCGUAUGGGGCACCAAUGAGGGGACUAAGAAGAUUUCCCUAGUGUCUUGGCAUGACUUGUGCUGUUCUAAGAAGGAAGGAGGACUUAAUAUUAAGAAUUAUAGAAUUUGGAAUAUAGCAGUAGUUGGAAAACUGAUCUGGUUAUACAUGAAUAGUAAAGAACAACUGUGGUUUAGGUGGGUCCAUGGUGUCUAUAUGAAGGGUGAGGAUGAUUUUUGGAACCAUGUCCCACCCCAGGAUUGCAGCUGGUACUGGAAACAAUUGCACAAGAUCAAACAAGGCAUGAGGAACUGGUAUCUAAAUGGUAGGUACUGCCUUACUAGAACUGGGAAGUAUUCCAUGACUAAAGGGUAUAUUGAAUUGAUAGGGGACAGACCAAAACUAGAUGAGGCUGAUUUGAUAUGGAGUAAAGUGCUAGUACCUAAGCAUAGAAUAUUACUGUGGCUAGCCCAGAAACAGAGGCUACUUACUAGAGCUAGACUGAUUAAGUUGGGCAUAGACUGUGAAGAUGACUUAUGCGUGUUAUGUGGAAUAUACUGCACAUUUGUUUGUGGAUUGUGGAUGGAUCAAAGAGGUAUGACAUGGUAUAGCAAGCUAGAUGGGGACCACAAUAUCUCUGGGAAAUGUUCAUAUGACUCUGCAGAGGAUAAGGCAAAGGCAUUGGAGCAAGUUCAAGAAGGAAGUAGUGACUGUUGGGCAUGGGGCUGUCCUUUACCAGACAUGGCAGGCCAGGAAUGGGAUGGUAUUCAAAGGACAAAGUGUGAAUACAAAUUUUGCAAUCCUACAGAUAAAGACUACAAUUAG